CAACAGCUCAGAUCAGAACACGUUUCACCUCCAGCUCUGCAGGAAUAAAUGAAGCAGCAGCAGGUCACAGGUGAUUUGACUUGAUGAGACUAACGAAGGAGCAGAGCUGAAGGAUCAGUCAUGCUGUAUCUACUGCUUACUGCGGUUUUAUUUGCUGAAAACCUUAAAGAUGUCGACUCCAGUCCGAUACGGGUGCAGGAAGCCAACAAAGCUCGGCAGGAGAACUGGCUCAUCAAGGCAGUGCAUUAUAUGGAGUCUAACCCUGAGACUUUAGAAGAACUGAUGUCCAAGGACUACGCAGUGUUGGAGGGUGACAUGAUUCUGUCAAGUGACAGGAACGCAGUGGGAGGAAUAUGGCCGACAAAGGAGAUCCCAUACGUCAUCAGCCCAGAGUUAGCCAGUCGGACAGACGACUUCCUCUCUGCUAUGGCAAUGGUGUCUGAACACACCUGUAUCUCCUUCCACAAAAGAACCACUGAGACCAACUACCUGCUCUUCAAAACUGGCAAAGGUUGUGCUUCAUAUGUGGGCUUCAUCGGUGGUGAACAGCCCGUGUUUAUCGCGCCCCCGUGCAUGGUGGGUAACAUCGUCCAUGAGAUUCUUCAUGCUCUGGGCUUCCAUCAUGAACACACGAGGACAGACCGUGAAAAACACAUCACCAUUCUCUCCCAUAACAUCAUGGAAGGGAUGGAGAGAAACUUCAAAAAGCAACAAGGCAAAACCUUCGACCUUCCUUACGACAUAACUUCUAUCAUGCACUAUGGAAGUGGGUUUUUCUCAGCCAACGGCCUGCCCACCAUCGUACCAAAGAAAGAUGAGAAGAAGAUGGGACAGAGGGUUAAAAUGACACCAUUGGACGCUGAGAGAGUUGGUCACCUCUACCACUGUGAUGCCACUGAUACUGAAACAAAGCAGACUGAGAGGAAGAGGAGUGAAGCUGAGGAGGAGCAGGAUUCAAACAUUCACACUGAGAUCCACAGUGUGAAGGUUUCCUAUCCCAGCACCACCAGCAGCAGAAACCAGGGUCACACAGCUUCAACUUCAGCUUCACUGCACCACCUAAAUACUGCCACCAGGGGGUGAAAUAACACCAGCAGACAACAGGCCUAAACUGAGCUGUGACUGAUCCGUUUAUUAAUAAAAACCAAAAUAUUCAGACCAGUAA